AACGGUGGCUCCGUCAUAGCCAUGGCGGGCAAGGAAUGUGUGGCUAUUGCCUCGGACUUGCGAUUGGGAAACCAAGCGAUGGGUAUCUCGUCGAAAUUUGAGAAGAUAUUUCCCAUGACAGAUCGAGUGUACAUCGGCUUGCCAGGGCUUGCCACGGACGUUACAACACUACGCGAGCAAUUUCGAUUCCGCCUGAACAUGUACACGAUCAAGGAGGAGCGCGAGAUCGAGCCAGAAACAUUCAUACAUCUCGUCUCCUCGACGUUGUACGAGAAGCGCUUUGGACCGUACUUCAUUGAGCCUGUGAUGGCAGGCCUGCAGAAGACGCCAUCGGGCGCGUACAAACCGUUCAUCGCAGCGACAGACCUCAUCGGGUGCAUCAACUUUGCGAAGGACUUCGUUGUCGCGGGUACGGCAAGCACCAAAUUGUUCGGUGUUGCUGAGGGACUGUGGGAACCCGAUCUGGAGCCGGAGGACCUGUUCGAGACCAUCUCGCAGACGCUGCUUAACGCCGUGGACCGUGAUGCAUACUCCGGUUGGGGGGCAGUGGUAUACGUGGUAACGAAAGACAAGGUGAUAAAGCGUACGCUCAAGGGCAGGAUGGACUAGUUGUGUUAUGUACUUUGUACCUUUC